UCCAUGGAUCUUACAUAUAAACAUAUAUACACUAUAUACAACUAAGAAGUGCUUGUGCUCACAGUAUACAUGUGCAUAGUGCAGCAUAUAGAGUAUAUUUAGGAUUCUCUACAUAAUAGAAAGGUCAGUACUGUUAGAUAAUGACCAGCAGGCAUGUGGGGUAUCACAAAGCGGACAUACUUAGUGUGUCAUAUAUAGACCAACACAUACUAUGAUAAGAAUAGUAACUCUAUUGCGGCAACAACAACCUUCCACAAUAGUUAGCGACCACCAAAGCUCUUCUGAUGUUGUCAUCGAGCUCACCCGUAUUCCCGUAUGGCAUGUCUGCCUAGUCAUGGAUGGAAAGUAGAUAGAAUAGGAGUGUAAAACUAGCAUAUACAGGGUUAACACAGACGGAGGAGCGAAGGAAGAAGGAAAGAGUGUGCCUAUAGGAUACAGCAAUGCAAUAAACAGUGACCAUGGUUAAUAAAAGUAAAUCUUUUUGGAUCGGAAAUUUCAAGGACCAUGCCAUCAAUAUUAACGUUGGAGGACUAAAGAAGAAAAUCAGCCCCAUCACACUAUCACAGUUCCCGGACACCAGGCUUGGACGUUUACUAUUUUGUGACUCUGAAGAAUCCAUCCUCCAGAUCUGUGAUGAUUACGACUUGGUAUCUAAUGAAUUUUAUUUUGACCGAAAUCCAGGUCUUUUUCCAUACGUCUUGUACUUUUAUGAAACUGGGAAACUGCACAUGAUGGACGACCUAUGUGCCUUCUCUUUCUCCCAGGAAAUAGAAUACUGGGGAAUCAGUGAGUUUUUCCUAGAUUCCUGCUGUAGUUAUCGGUACCAUGAACGCAAGUUAGAAAGUAGAAGACGUAACUGGGAUGAAGAGAGCGAGGUGAGCAGUGUGGACACAUCUGUAGAUGAGAUUUCUGACUUUAACCAUGACCUAAUGCGUUUUAACACACUACAAUGUGGCAACUUGCGCAAAAGGCUGUGGCUGACUAUGGAAAAUCCAGGAUAUUCAAUUCCAAGCAAGAUUUUUAGUUUUAUCUCCAUCUGCGUUGUUCUCGUCUCAAUAUCGACCAUGUGUAUCAACAGCAUGCCAGAGUAUCAAAAGCUAGAUGAGGACGAUGUUCCUAUUGAUGACCCAAUCCUUCACAACCUGGAAUAUUUCUGUAUCUCAUGGUUUACAUUUGAAGUCUCUUCUAGGCUGCUUCUUGCUCCCAAUCUCAAGAAGUUCUUUAAACAUCCAUUAAACUUGAUAGACAUUGUUUCGGUCCUUCCGUUCUACUUCACCCUCUUGGUGGAUGUGACCAUCGGCAGUGAUCAUGAGUUAGAAAAUGUGGGGAAGGUUGUCCAAGUGUUUCGGCUCAUGAGGAUUUUUCGAGUCCUGAAGUUGGCCAGACAUUCAACAGGCCUUCGAUCUCUUGGAGCUACGCUUAAGCAUAGCUACAGAGAAGUGGGCAUCCUACUCCUUUAUCUGGCUGUUGGUGUCUGUGUCUUUUCUGGAAUGGCAUACACGGCAGAGAAGGAUGAAGACACGGGGUUUGACACGAUCCCUUCCUGUUGGUGGUGGGGGACUGUAAGCAUGACCACAGUAGGCUAUGGUGAUGUCGUGCCCGCCACCGUAGCUGGAAAACUAGCUGCUUCCGGCUGUAUCUUGGGUGGGAUAUUAGUCGUGGCAUUACCAAUAACCAUCAUAUUCAACAAGUUUUCACACUUCUACCGGAGACAGAAAGCUCUAGAAAAUGCAGUGAGAAACAGUGACAGGAGGCCGAGCAAAGAACUUAGUGUAAACGGUGAAAGAGAAUCGCAGAAUUUUGCCGCACUUUAACAGGUAAUGAUUAAGAAUGAUAUGGAUAUUUUUAUUUUUCUGUGACUAUGCAUGUACAUACAUAUGUGGUAACCAUAAUGUUUACCUUGAAAGUUCCUCGCCGCAGGCAUAAAUACACUCCAAAAAGCUAGUAAACUAGCACAAUGCAAAAAAAAUAUGUUUCUUUUAUUUCCACUUCUCUAGACAAAAUUAAAAAAAAUUACCCCCAUAAAAUUGACGUGUUUAAAAAAAAAAAAAUGUUUUAUUUUUUUCAACCCAGACUGUAGAAUGGUACAUGUAUACAAAUAUCAUCGUGUAACGCAAAGGUAACUCCAAGUCUUUUUUAUUAAACUUUUUUUUUUUUUUUUCUUACAUCAACUGGCUCCAGAAAGUUAAACAGAUUUGUAAAUAAUUAUAAAAAAAAUCUUAAUCCUUCCAAUAAUUAUCAGCUGCUGAAGUUGAGUUGUUCUUUUCUGUCGGGCAACAGUGCUCUCUGCUGACAUCGCUGCUUGGCUCAGGAACUGCACAGAGUAGAAGAGGUUUGCUAUGGGGAUUUGCUUCUACUCUGGACAGUUCCUGAGACAGGUGUCAUCAAAGAGGACUUAGACAGAAAAGAACAACUCAACUUCAUCAACUCAUAAGUACUGAAAGGAUUAAGAUUUUUUUUA